UCUACUCUUUAACAGUAAAAAAAGGGCUAAAUUUUCUCUCUUCUUCCGGCGAAACUAUGGCGGCGUUGAGUCUCCGAAAGGGCAAUACCCGGCUACCGCCGGAGGUAAACAGGGUGCUAUACGUUCGGAACCUUCCGUUCAACAUCACGAGCGAGGAGAUGUACGAUAUUUUCGGCAAGUACGGCGCUAUUAGACAGAUUCGUAUUGGCACAAACAAGGAUACACGUGGUACUGCUUUCGUCGUCUAUGAGGAUAUAUAUGAUGCGAAAACUGCCGUCGAUCAUCUCUCCGGCUUCAAUGUCGCUAAUCGAUACUUGAUAGUUCUGUAUUACCAGCAAGCGAAGAUGAGUAAGAAAUUUGACCAGAAGAAGAAAGAGGACGAGAUAACGAAGCUUCAGGAGAAAUAUGGUAUUCCCAAAGAUAAGUGAUGGGGAAACUUAUGUUACUGUUUUCUUUCCUUCAUUAUGUAAAUUGAGCCUGUCUUAUCAAGGAGUGCAUCACCUUUUGUGGAAACUGAUCAAGGCACCCUGGCCACCGAAUUUUCAGACAGAGUAGCUUGUAGUGCUGUAUCUUAUUCGAAGUUUGUAACGGAUAGUUUUUGAGAUGAUUGAAUGUUGCCAAAUGGUUCUACCUAUAUCAUGAUGUUUUUCUUCUUU